AAUGCAUUUAUCCUCGUCACUGCUUCUUGUAGCAGCUGCACUGUUUGCACUUCCAGAUGGCACGUUUGAGUGCGCCACAAACGGUCUCUGCGGCUACCAACCAUCGUGUGCCGCAUACUCCCAACCACGACCAUCGUGUGGAUGUGCUAGCAGCUACGGAUGCGGAUCAUAUGGUUGCUACAGACUUCGUGCGCGUGGAGCCAAGAGCUACCAACCAAAAAGAGGACGAAGCAGGGUCACCGUUGGCGGAUCAAGCAGUGAAGAGGCUAGAGAAGUGUUGAGGCAAAGAAUGGCCAUGGAACGUGUUCGUCGAAAGGAACAACUUACGUCAUCAGAGGAGUUGGAUUUGGUGUCUCCAAGUGUGCUCAGAAAUAGCAAGUCGGAGCAGCCAAUCAACCCAGAUCGCGCAUUCUACGAGUGCUGCAUUGACCGUAAGCUUCCGGACGCCUGUCUAUCUAAGUGCUCGUUCGGAGCAUUCACCAAACCAACCCUCCAAGCAAUGUACUUCAAACAAGAUCCAUGCCCGUUGGACGCUAUGAAGGAAAUGCAAUUCUGUGCCGCUCAGGGAAGAGAUCAUCGCGACUGUUGUGCACGUAACGGAGUUACCACUACUCUCGCUGGACCAAAAUGCUUGAGCUUCUGUGACCAGCGCCUCGGGCGCAAUCAACAGUUGGAUAUGUCCUAUGUUCCAUGUUUUGACAGAUUCGAAUCGAUGAAAUCCUGCUUCUGGCAUGACAUGACCCGAUAUUACAAACGAGUUUAAUUUUGAUUGAAGUCAGAGUAGAAAUUCACAUUUAGCCGCUGCAUAUACCUCAAUAUUCAUGUACCCUCCGAUGUUUUCUCUCCAAAAUCACUACCAUUAUACUGCUUUACUAAAAAAGUUUUCAAAUUUUUUUUUGAUUUUUCGUUUUCCCGGUAUCCAAAUGACAUUUCAAUGAAUUUUUAUCUUAACUUUUU